CCGCCUGUCAACUGCGCAGGUCCCUUGGAAGGUUACAAACUCCUACUUGGGUUGAGGUCGUUUGUGUCACCGUUUUUGCGUCGCCCUAAGCACUGCAACUCAUGCAAAAGAUGUUGUCCCUCAUAUCCCGAGUGCUGCAGGGACCUGCCCAGAAACCCGUCGCUGGGGCUACAAGUGAGGUGGUUCGUAUCAUGGUGGCAUCACGGAACUAUGCAGACUUUGCCUCAGAAGCUACAUUUGAUAUCAAGAAAUGUGACGUACAUCGUUUCGAGGAGGGACCUCCAACCCAGGCUGUUCUGACGCGAGAGGAAGGUCUGCAGUAUUACAGGACCAUGCAGACCAUUCGUCGGAUGGAGCUGAAGUCAGAUCAGCUGUACAAGCAGAAGAUCAUUCGUGGCUUCUGUCAUCUUUAUGAUGGUCAGGAAGCCUGUUGUGUUGGUAUGGAAGCUGCUAUUAAUAAGUCGGAUCACUUAAUUACUGCAUACCGAGCUCAUGGAUAUACUUAUACACGUGGUGUGUCUGUUAAGGAAAUCUUAGCUGAACUGACAGGACGAAGAGGUGGCUGUGCCAAAGGAAAGGGAGGGUCUAUGCAUAUGUAUGCAAAGAACUUCUAUGGUGGAAACGGCAUCGUGGGAGCCCAGGUCCCUCUUGGUGCCGGUAUUGCCUUGGCCUGUAAGUAUUUUGGAAAGGAUGAGAUAUGCUUGGCAUUAUAUGGAGAUGGUGCUGCCAAUCAGGGUCAAAUUUUUGAAACCUAUAAUAUGGCUGCUUUGUGGAAGCUGCCAUGUAUCUUUAUUUGUGAGAACAACCGUUAUGGGAUGGGCACCUCUGUUGAGAGGGCAGCCGCCAGCACAGACUAUUUCAAACGUGGUGACUACAUACCAGGGCUCAGAGUUGAUGGUAUGGAUAUCCUUUGUGUUCGAGAAGCUACAAAGUUUGCAGCUGAUCAUUGCAGAUCUGGAAAGGGUCCUAUUUUAAUGGAACUGCAGACCUAUCGUUACCAUGGCCACAGUAUGAGUGAUCCUGGAGUUAGCUACAGAACUAGAGAAGAAAUUCAGGAAGUGAGAAGUAAAAGUGACCCCAUUACCCUGCUGAAGGAUAGAAUGCUCAACAAUAACCUGUCUAGUGUAGAGGAAUUAAAGGAAAUUGAUGUUGAGGUACGAAAGGAGAUUGAGGAAGCUGCACAAUUUGCCACCACUGACCCAGAGCCACCAUUGGAGGAGCUUGGAAAUCACAUUUACCACAAUGAACCUGCCUUCGAUGUACGAGGAGCAAACCUCUGGAUCAAAUACAAGUCUGUCAGCUAGGACUCUCGGGCCUUUCACAUUAUUCACUCCAUUAGUCUGUUACUUUAAACUUAUUCAAAUGGGAACGGGUUUGCUUUACUUUAACUCUAUCAUUGCUGGAUGGCGCAAUUGUACGUUGCUAUGCAUUAACUUGCUGGACAUUCCAGCACUGAUUAAGUUAUGUCUGUCCAUUUCAGUCCUCUUAUUUUAGACUGUUGCAGGGCUAUUUAUAGAAAAAAAUCCCAUUUUAAAUAUAUUUACAAAGCAAAUCAUGCCAUACCAUGUAUGUAUCUUAUCUGUUCCAUUAAAAUUGACCUUGAAUGAUGA